AGAAUUUCCCCUUUGACCCCAAAAUUUCCCCUUUUUACCUCAAAAUUCCUCAUUUAACCCCACAUUUCCUCUGUUUUACCUCAGAUUUUCCCUUUUUAACCCCAAAAUUCCCCUUUUUACCUCAAAUUUCCCUUUUUUACCUCAAAAUUCCCCCGGGCCCCUCAGGAAUCCCUUCCCCGCUUUGGCCACGCCCCCGCGCAAACCACGCCCUCUCCGCGUUCUGUUUCCUUAUAUGGCUCCUUACCCACGCCCACAGCGGGCGGGGUUUCCCCUCAAGCUCCACCCACCCCGCCAAAUCCGUCCCGUCGCCGUUUGUGACGUCACCCCCGCGCGCCGCGCUGCCCGCAAGGCCCCGGCGCGGCGCUGCCGGUGGGGCUGCCCGCGGCGCCGCCUGUCCCGGUUCGCUCCCGGUUCCUCUCGGUUCUCUCCCGGUUCUGGCUCGGUUCUGUCCCGCGCUGCUGCCUGUCCCGGUUUGGUUCCGCUUCGCUCCCGGCGGCGCUGCCUGUCCCGGUUCUGUCCCGGUUCCGUCCCGGUUCCGGUUCCGGUUCGGUGCCGUGAUGUCGCUGUGGUCCCGGUGCCCGCUGGUCGAGGACAGCUUCAGCCGCCUGGGCUCGCAGAGCAACGUCUACGGGCUGGCGGCGCUGCCGGGCCCGCUGCCCCUCGGCUCCUGGCCCGGUCCCGGUUCCGCUCCCGGUGCCGCUCCCGGUGCCGGUCCCGACCCGGUCCGGGGCCCCGGCCCGCUGCCCCCGCGCUCCUGGCCCGCUCCUGACUCGGGUCAGGGCCCCGGUUCGGGUCCCGUUCGUGCUCCCGCUCCCGGUUCCGGCCCCGGUUCUGACCCAGCUCCCGGUCCCGUUCCUGUACCCGGUUCCGGUUCCGUUCCCGGUCCUGGUUCUGUUCCCAGUCCCGGUUCUGGUCCCGGUUCCGUUCCCGGCCCGGUUCCGGUCCCAGGUCCCGGUUCUGAUCCCGUUCUGGGCUCCGUUCCCGGUCCCGGUUCUGUUCCCAGUUCUGGUUCUGAUCCCGGUCCCGGUUCUGGUUCCGCUCCAGCCCCGGUGCCGGGUCCCGGUGCCCUGCUGGGUUCCGAUCCCGUUCCUGGUUCUGUUCCCGGUCCCGAUCCCAUUCCCGGUUCCGUUCCCGGUCCCGGCUCUGUCUCGGGUCCCAGCUCUGAUCCCGUUCCUGGUCCCGGUCCCGGUUCUGCUCCAGUCCCCGGUGCCGGUGCCGGUUCUGUCUCGGGUUCCGGUUCCGUUCCGGGUCCUGGCUCUGAUCCUGGUUCUGAUCCCGUUCCCGGUUCUGUUCCCGGGAUUUUUAGAGAAUCUUUGUGGGAUAUUUUGAGCUUAUUUUGGGGGUGUUUUUGGGGCGUCCCCGGGGGGUUUGGGGGUGUCCCUGACCGCCCCUCCCCCGCAGUGGACGCCGAGAUCGUUUCCAUCGAUUCCUUCCCCAAAUCCCCCCCCCAGCGCGGCCUCGUGGUGGGCAUCACCUUCAUCAAACCCAAAACAUGGGAUUGGAGACCCCAAAAAUGGGAUUGGGGGAGAGCUGCCUGA